AUGACACAGAUUCCGAUUGUUCAACACUUUUGUGAUGGAUCACUGCACAACAUGGAAUACUGGGUUUUUGAUGAAGCUACAGCCACGGCUGUCAUCAAAUUCCCAAAUGGUGUAUUUCGUAUUGUUGAUAGGAAGGACUUACUACAGUUUGGUGAACGGGAUAUUCACACUUCGGCUCAACAUCGAAUCAUCUACAAGACUGAGCUUGUGGAGCCUGUUGUUAAAGAGUUUACAAGCAUGAUCGCUGAGAUCAUUAAAAAGAAGAUGUGCCCUGGGGUGAUGGGAAGGUCUGACAUGCUGGUCAUCGAGAAAGACUGA